AUGAAUAUUUUUAAUAUAUUAUUCACUUUAUUUUUAAUAUAUUUUAUAUAUUCAUGUUACCAAAAAAUCAAAAAAAUUCAUCCUAAGCAAUUAUCUGGACCUUUUGCUUUGCCAAUUUUAGGGAAUUUACAUCAAUUAGGAAAAUUACCACAUCAUAUUUUAACAGAUUUUCAUAAGGUGUAUGGACCUAUCUAUCGUUUAUUCUUCGGUGAUAUUUAUACUGUUGUGGUUUCAGAUCCAUCAUUGAUAAAACAAAUCUGUAUCGAUAAUGCAGAUUUAAUUGGUAAUAAUAGACCAGUAACACCAAUUUUUAAACAUGUUCAAGGUGGUAGAGGUUUAUCGACAUCAAAUUUUGAACAAUGGCACAAAAAUAGAAAUAUUUUAAACAAUGCAAUGAAAAGGUCAUCAACCAAAAAGAUUUAUGAUCUUUUAGGCCAUCAAGCAAAUGAAUUGGUAAAAUCAAUGAAAAAAUUCUCUACCUCAGGUGAACCAUUUGAAAUUCAUUUAUAUGCACAUAGAUAUAGUUUGGCAACAAUGUUUAAAUAUCUAUUUGAUGAAAAUAUUGAUUACAAUGAAGAUAUCUCAAAAAGCAAGGUUGCAGAAUUCAAUACACUAUUUGUUAAUAUUAUUAAAGAUCUUUCAACUGGUAAUUUAGGUGACUUUAUUAAUAUUCUUUCACCAUUUUAUUAUUGGUAUUUAAGUUUAACUGAAAAAAAUGUAAACCUAAUUAAAGAUUUCCUAAGAACAAAGUAUGAUAACCAUUUAUCAACUAUUGAUUUCGAAAACCCAAGAGAUUUCUUAGAUAUUUUAAUCAAAGAAUAUGGAACAAAGAAAGACACUAAAGAAUCAAUUGUUUCUGUUUGUUUUGAUUUAUUUUUAGCUGGUAGUGAUACUGUUGCAAUAACUAUGGAAUGGUUCACCUUAAGAAUGUGCAAUAACAAAGAUAUUCAAGAAAAAGCUUAUAAUGAAUUAAAAAAUGUUGCUGGAGAUAGAAACUACUUAAAACUAUCUGAUCGUGCAUCAACACCAUUUUUUAAUGCAGUUAUUAAAGAAACAUUAAGAUCAAGUCCUGGUAAAUAUUGUUUUGAUUUAUAUUGUUUUAUUAAUUAUUAUUAA